UUAGAUUCUUCGGAGUAUACAAAUAAAACACAUGGGAUGGAAAAAUGCAUGCAUGACUACUCAACUUGCUAAAACUUCUCUACGCUCCCAUUAUAUAUAUAUACGUACUUAAAUAUUUCAUCAAGACCGGAGGCUUAGCUUAUAUACGUGUUUGGAGGUAGGUAGUUAUAUACAUUAAUCAAGAUCGAGCUAGCUAGCUAGCUAGGCAUGAUGAUAAGGGUCUCGGAUCCGAUGGGAAGCCUGAAUGUGGAGAAGAAAUGGGUGUUGCCACUAGCCAUCAGCUCAAUCAUUGGUUUGAUUGUUGUAAUAAACUUGUUCAACAUGGGAAUGCUUUCUUCAAACCACAAAACUAACACGAUAUUCUCAAUCUUCCCGUCCCGCGUAUCGACAUCCUCUGCUGCAGGCAGCAGCGGCGGGCCAAGGGCGCGGGAUAAUGGGAAGGAGCAAGCAGGAGGUUCGGGCGCGGGGAUCCCGCGUUUUGCGUACUUGAUAUCGGCUUCCAAGGGGGAUCUGGAGAAGCUGUGGAGGGUGUUACAUACGUUGUACCAUCCCAGGAAUUACUAUAUCAUCCACCUGGACUUGGAAUCGUCGGUGGAGGAGAGGUUGGAGCUCGCCUCGAGGGUGGAGAAGGAGGGCGUUUUUGUGGAGGUUGGGAACGUGCAUAUGAUUACUAAAGCUAAUAUGGUGACUUAUAGAGGGCCAACCAUGGUCAGUAAUACCCUCCAUGCCAGUGCUGUCCUUCUCAAGAGAUUCAAGGAUUGGGAUUGGUUUAUCAAUCUCAGUGCUUCAGAUUAUCCCCUUGUCACUCAAGAUGAUCUGCUGGAUGUGUUUUCGGAUGUAAAGAGAGAUUACAACUUCAUAGAGCACACAAGUGACCUGGGGUGGAAAGCAGUAGGAAGGGGGACGCCGUUGAUGAUAGAUCCAGGGUUGUACAAGAAUACCAAAUCAGACUUAUUCUGGGUGCAACCAAAUAGAGGCUUACCUACAUCCUUUAGACUCUUUACUGGUUCGGCUUGGAUGGUGCAGUCACGCGCAUUCGUGGAGUAUUGCAUCUGGGGCUGGGAAAAUCUUCCAAGAACACUCCUCAUGUACUACACCAACUUUGUCUCGUCCCCCGAAGGUUACUUCCAGACCGUCAUCUGCAAUGCCCCGCAGUUCGUGCCCACCGCCAUCAACCACGACAUGCACUUCAUCUCAUGGGACAACCCCCCGCGCCAACACCCGCGCACCCUCAAUAUCAACGACACCACCAACAUGAUCGCCAGCGGGGCCCCCUUCGCCCGCAAGUUCAGCCCCCACGACCCUUUGCUCGAUAAGAUUGACAGGGAGCUGCUUGGCCGCACCACCAACAGUUACACCCCCGGAGGUUGGUGUGCUGGGGACCCUCCUUGUUCCAAGGUUGGCGACCCCACCAAACUUCUUCCUGGUCCAGGGGCCCACAGGCUGCGCCAUCUUGUAACUAAACUCCUUUUGUUAACCAAGUUUGAGAACCAACAGUGUCAUUAACCUGACUGACUCUACUACAUGCCGCCAUCUUUUUUCCUGCACAUCCCAUUCACUCAAAUUAUUGCCCGCACCUAGCUUGCUUUGCCAUAUAAUCUCUCCGCCCCCUAUUAUUGGGACGGAAGAGGUGCAUGGCAUGCCAACCAAGACAAAAACAACCUUUCGACAGAGUAACCAAUCAAAAAGCAAAAAUACCUACCCUACUACUAAUCAAAAAGCAAGAAUUAAUUCCACUUCUGGUCCUACGAGUUUUAUAUCAAUUCUUCUUUUAGUCCACGUCUUUCACUAUGUCCACUUUUGGCACUUGACUAAUGUUUUUUAACCGUUAGUAUCCUUUUCCGGGGAUUUCAACCAUCGGAAACAAUGCCGGAAGGACCAUAUAUGGGUGAAAACACAAUAGUCAUGUAUCAGAAGUGGACAAAGUGAAAGAUGUGAACUAAAUGUGGAAUUGAACUAAAACUCAUAGAACCAAAAGUGGAAUUUAUUCUUUCAAAUACGGUAUGAGACAAUAAUAAUGGAGCAUCCAAAAAUGAAAAAAUGGGACAAUUAUUGGGAACGGAGAGAGUACUACGUACUCAUUUAGUUUUCGUAGCUUAUACAGUAUUAGCUUUUUUUUUGACAGACAGUAUUAGCUAGUUUAGCUAGUGUAUUGUAAAUCAAACAUCACAACUUUUGGCCAUAUUUUUUAAACUUACUAGAUAUUCACCCGUGCGAUACACGGGACAUAGAUUAAGUAGUUGUUAU